AAGCGCAACGUCAUCGACCACCUCGGCAGCGCUCAACGACGGCCCGCCAUGGUGCUGCACUUCGCCCUGCGCCGCGCCGCCACGGCCGCUACGGUGCUCCGCGUGCCGAAGAUGCCCAGCAGCCUCCUGCAGGCCAGCAGCCACAGCAUGCCCUACCUGCCUGUGGAUAUGGUCUUCCGCUUCUUCCCCCGUUGGACCCGGGACAAGGUGCGUUUCUUCUAUUGGUACUACCUGGUCUCUUUCUUGACGGGUCUUGGUAUUUUGAUGGGCUACUUCCACACACCAUAUGUGGGCGACAACUACGAUCACUUUGCUGAGACCCCCCUCUACCUCUGGACCAAAUCGAGCUUGGCGAAAACUGGGCAGCUGGAAGAGAACCUCCGAGUGAAGGUUCAUCACUUCUACCCGCAGACUGAGUAGAUGAAAGUCGCGGCUGUUGACGCUGAGAAAGGAAACAUCGAGUUUGGCUCAACGUAAUUUCCGGUUUUAAU